AUGGAACUGGAAAUGCAAGGUCCGGCGCCCGUGCCGAAGCAGUUCGUGCUUUGCUUCGAUGGCACGGGAAAUAAAUUCUGCGGCGAUGAGUCGGAUAGCAACGUCCUCAAGAUCUUUCGAAUGUUAGACCGCAGUAAAAGCCACCAGUUUCAUUACUAUCAGCCUGGCAUUGGAACAUACGUGACGUCCAAAUCGCUGUCCAGCCAUGGCCGCUUUCAACGAAUUCGGUCCGCCUAUCUUAAGGCGAAAGAUUCCGCGAUUGGCUCGUCGUUCGCCGAACACGUCAUGGGCGGAUACAAAUUUCUGAUGAGAUAUUACAGCCCAGGCGAUGAAAUCUACUUUAUCGGCUUCAGUCGAGGAGCAUACAUCGCGCGCUUCCUCGCCGAGAUGCUCGACUAUAUCGGGUUACUGGAAGCAGGCAACGAAGAAUUAGUCCGCUUUGCAUGGAAGACGUUUGCCAAAUGGCAACAGCGCCGAGGAGGGGAGGAGGAAGACGAGGAACAGAAGCGGCUGUUCACAUAUAUGAAGGCAUUUCGAGAGACCUUCAGUCGCCCCAUUACCCGGAUCCGAUUCAUGGGUCUCUUCGAUACCGUCAACAGUGUGCCGGCUUUUGAGUCUGCCUGGAUGCAGCGAAGCAAGUUUCCCUAUACGGCUCGAAGCUCGGCAAGAGUGAUCCGACACGCCGUUGGUAUUGACGAGCGGCGCGCCAAGUUCCGUCAGGACCUAAUCUCUGAAUCAAGGCCUUGGACAGAAAAGAAACGCGCCCAUCGGUGGAAACGACACAUGCCGCAUCACAUGCCACACCAUCACAACGCCCAGGAGCAGUCAGAGAAGGAGAACACGGUUCCAGCCAUCGUCGUCAAUGGCGGUAAUCAAGAACAGAAUGGUCCUGAGGCGGGAGCUGAGCCUCGGCCUAGUCGAGACGGAACCGAAUCGGUCUACCGCAGCUUGCGUAGCUCUCACGAGAGCCUCCACCACGCGAAUCACCGAUACCGUGCACCGGCUCACCAUCCGCGACGACCUAGCCUGGCAGUUCCCAUGCCGACAGCGUCUACCGAGGAUUUGGCCUCCAUAAGAAGCGGGCAAUCGGGGCUUUCCUUGCAAAUCCCCCCGGACCAAAUGAGCCGUGUAACCGAGGAGGAUGAUUUCUUUUACGAAGAUGAAACUAAACAGGAUAUUCAAGAAGUCUGGUUUCCCGGUGGUCAUGCAGACAUCGGUGGAGGCUGGAAGCUUGAUGGAGAGGAAGUCCCGCUGAGCCAUGCGCCCCUGGUGUGGAUGGUUCAGGAAGCGGAAAAGGCAGGGCUACAGUUCGAUAAAACGAAGGUCAAGCAGUUUGAAUGCUGCGAGGAGUUCGAUGGAGAAUACUCUCCGAUCGGCCACAGGAACCCAUGGAACCGCAGCAACGGAUUCUGUCAGGAUCCCGAGCAUCAAGCGGGACACGAUGAGAAGCCCCGGUCCCAAGCUAGCAUUAAUUUCCACAAGGCUCUCCGUCUCUCCAGUGAACAAGGUUUACUUCAUGAUUGCCUCUCGUUCGGGAACGGCCUACCUGCCAUGUCCGUCUUGUCAUGGCGGAUAAUGGAAUAUCUCCCCUUCCGCCGGAUGGAUCUGCAAGCGGAUGGUUCGUGGAAACCGAUCCGAUGGCCCUUACCUUGCGGCGAAGUUCGCGACAUUCCCAACGAUGCUCAGAUCCAUGUGUCAGCGAUCCGCCGCAUGAGGGCGGAUCCUAAUUACCGACCAGGUAACUUGAUCGUUGGCGGUGGUGGGCGCGGAGUCCGUCGUGCCCCGGAGGAGUUGGGAAUGGGGCAGUGGGAGGUCAAGGCCUACCAUGGCGACGCCGUGCGAGAAGUAUACGUACGGAAGAAGGUAUCCAGUGUGUGUCGAGACGAAACACAUGAGUGA